AUGAGUCAAACAAUUCAAAUUUUGACUGAUGAAAUGAGAAGGCAAUUGAAACUUAAUAAAGAGAAGCGAAAACCUUUAACUGUGACCUGUCAAUAUGAUUUAGUAGGAAAUGCUUAUUUAACAGAAGAAGGAGCUGAAAGAGAUUUAUGGAGCUAUUUGGUUACUGAACCUGUAGAGAAGGAAGAAGUUGAAGAAAUUAGAGAUGUCUUUGAUUAUUAUUAUGGGGAAGAUUUAAAGAAAAGAAAUACCUAUCAAAUUGGGAACCUUAAUACAGUUCAAGACAGUCAACUUUAG